AAGCAACAACCAUGUCAUCGCUAGCUAGGAAAACAAAACCUUCACAGAAAGUUGCAAAACCUGCGCAGAGAUAUAGACCAGGUCAGAUACCAGAGGGUCUUACACAAGAAAGCUCAGAUGAGGAAGAAGAAGGAGAAGAAGAGCAGCAGAAGGAAGAAGAUGAUCAGGAGCUUACAGCGAUUGAUACAGAAGAGGUGGACCAGAAACCUACUAAAAUUGGCAUCAGCAGUAAUAUAAAGAAUAUUGAUAUCGGUACAGCCGUUGAUGUACAACCAGAUAUCAAACCAGAAGUUAAAGAGGAGAGCAGCAGCAGCGAGGAGGAAGAAUCGAGCGAAGAGGAAUCCAGUGAGGAGGAAGUAUCAGCACCAAGAUUGAAACCAACUUUCGUUCCAAAACGUGCAAGAGAGACUGUUUUGCAGAAAGAAAAAGAAAGCCUAGACUCUGAAGAAGCACAUAAGAAAAGAGAGAAAGCUGAGGAAGAGCGUAAACAAGCGUCAAUUGAUAUGGUAGCAGAUAGUAUACGUAGAGAAUUGGCUGAGAAGGAUGCAACCGAUUUGAUACCAGAUGUAGACGACACUGAUGGUUUAGAACCAGAUGCUGAAUUCGACGCCUGGAGAUUACGCGAAUUAAAGCGUAUACAGAGACAUAAAGAAGCGCAAAUCAAACGUGACGAAGAGAUAGCAGAGAUUGAACGUAGACGUGCUAUGCCAGAAGAGUUGCGUCUUAAAGAGGACAUGGAACUCGCGAAGCAAAAGCGUGAAGAUAAAUAUAAAGAUAGACAAGGUGGUACAUACAUGCAGAAAUUCUGGCAUAAAGGUGCUUUCCAUCAGGAUUUCGAUGUCCUCAAGAGAGAUCUUUCUGGACCUACGAUGAAUCAAGUUGAUCUGGGUAAACUGCCAGAAGUUAUGCAAGUCAGAGACUUUGGUAAGACGAAACAAACAAAGUAUAAAACGUUAAAAGACGAGGAUACCACAUUGCAAGACAAACCGAAAAAGAAGCGCGAUGAUGAGGACGUUGAUAAUAGGUAUAGACAGCAGGAUGAUAUUGAUAGGGAUGCAUUCAUCGCCGAAAAGGAAAAAGAGAGGAGUAAACGACAGAGAGUUAUAUAAGAUUUAUUGUAUAUGUAAUGUAGUAUUUAUCAGACGAAUCAAGUAGAAAAUGAUGUAUGAAAUAAUUUAUAUUAGACUCGUGAAUUGUUAUCGGUUGGGAUGUUGAGUAAGAUUCCAUUACUUUGUCCACCAGAACCAGAUGAAGGAAGGAAGGUGACGUUUUGAUUGCUGCCAUUGGACAAUCUAGUAGCGAUAUCCUUUGAUGCUUCAAUCCUUCUAAGUGUGAGUAAAGCCUCACCGUAUCUAUCCAUGGCCUUUGAGACAGUAGCUGCAGCUUCUGCUUCACCUUCACUUCUGAUAAUGUUAGCCUUCCUCUCUUGAUCGGAUCUUUCUACGAUGAAUCUCGCUCUCUCAGCCUCCUGUUGAGCGAUCUGCUUCUGUUCUACGGCCUUUGUGAACUCCUUGCCGAAAGUCAUAUGUGUGAUGGAAACGUCGUCCAAUUUGAUGUUAAACUCACUCGCUCUUUUGAGGAGGUCUUCACGUAUACGACUGGAGACGACUUCUCUUUGUGUGAUCAAUUCAGCAGCGUCAAAUUGAGCGACGAUAGCUUUAAGUACUUCAUUACCAAUUGAAGGCAAAACUCUCUCCUCGUAGUCCAAACCCAAACCUUUGUAAAUUGUAGGUAAUUUGUCAAUAUCUGGUCUACUCAAAACUCUCAAAGUGAGUGAAACCAUUUGCAAAUCCUUUGAACCAGUUGUUGUUGCGAUAUUGCGUGGCUUGAUUCUACAAUCGUAGAGGAUAGCCCUUUGGAGCCAAGGGAUAAGGAAGUGUGUACCUUCGCCUAUAGAGAUAUCUUUAACACCAGAGAAUCUAUCGAACAUGACAGCUUUAAAGCCACCGGGUACGUCGUAUAUUGAAGAUUGUAGUACAGAAAUACCGAUAGCGGCGGCCAUUAAUUUUCCAAGUGCA